GAGGAAGCCAGCUAUCGGCGUAUCGAUAAGACAACAACAAACCACGUCCGAGUGCUGCUCCGAUUUCGUUAAAAUGCCAUCUAGGGACCUGCCAAACGUGGCUGGGAAAAACCCUUGCAUGUAACAUUUCGCCGCCUGACCGAACAGUUAUGGAUUCAUGAAACCUUCCACGAAGUAACGCGAAGUCAACAUGUCUACGAACCCCAACCCCGGAAUCCACCAGAAUGCAACCUCCCUCUCGCCGAGAAAAAACGGUUCGACCAGUUCCUCGCAGAGGAACCUGCUCGAAUUCCUGUGCAUUUGCGUGGCCUGCGUUGCCUGCUACUACAACAGUACCCAGUGCGGCCUGGUCUUCGACGACAUUAGUGCGAUUAGGGACAACAAGGACCUGAGGCCCCACACGCCACUGCGCAACGUCUUCCUGAACGACUUCUGGGGCACACCAAUGCGCAAGGAGCAGUCUCACAAGUCCUAUCGCCCGCUUACAGUGCUGACUUUCCGCUUCAACUACUUGCUGCAUGCGCUGGAGCCGUUUGGCUACCACCUCGUCAACCUGCUGCUGCACUUGUCGGUCUGCUUGCUGUGGCGUCGGGUCUGCCGGCUUCUGCUGCGCCAGUGUGCCUCGUCGGGCAGUAAUGCCGCCGCCUCAUCAUCGUCCUCCCAGCUUAACACAUGCGCUUUUGUGGCUUCGCUGCUCUUCGCCGUUCAUCCGGUUCACACGGAGGCCGUUACUGGCGUCGUCGGGCGCGCUGAAUUGCUCUCUUCCAUUUGCUUUCUGGCCGCCUUUCUCAGCUAUGCGAAGUCCGUCGGCGAUUCGGUUUGCCCGCGUCGAACCAACUGGCUAGUGCUUUUCGCCUGCUUUGGCAGUUGCCUGCUAGCCUCCAUGCUGUGCAAGGAGCAGGGAAUCACCAUUGCCGGCAUCUGCGUAGUCUACGAGUUGUUCGUGGUGCAUCAGCUCCGGCCGCUGCAUUUGUGCCACUUUGUUUUGCGGCUGUUUGAGGAACAAAACGAACAACAGUCGCCGAAAACGGUCAAUCCUUCAAGCAUUCGACGAUGGUCCUCGUCGGCGCUGUGGAAACGCUUGAUCUUCCUGGCUGGCGUCACGUUGGCUCUGCUUGUGGGCCGUGUCUAUGUGAUGGGCUCACAACUGCCCAUCUUUACGCGGUUCGACAAUCCGGCUUCGGCGGCGGAUACGCCAGAGAGGCAACUCACUUACGGCUACCUCAUUUACCUGAACUGCUGGCUGCUGCUCUGCCCCGCGCUGCUUUGCUGCGACUGGACUAUGGGUACUGUGCCAUUGCUGCAGGGAUUUGCGGAUGCUCGCAACUUGACCACCCUGUUUACCUUCUUUGCACUGGGAGCCUUGGUUGCCAAGGCCUGCUUGACCCGCAAUCGGGCUCAGUCACGGACUCUAAUUAUGUGUCUAGGAUGGAUGGUACUGCCAUUUCUCCCGGCGUCAAAUCUGUUCUUCCCCGUGGGAUUUGUGGUGGCAGAACGCAUUCUGUACAUGCCAUCGAUGGGAUACUGUCUGCUGGUGGCCUACGGAUUUGAGCAGCUUCAGCGUCGUGGAAGCCUCAGAUGGAAACGCCUUGGACAGGCAGCACUUACUAUUCUACUGCUCACGCACGCGCUGAAAACGCAUCAACGCAAUUCCGACUGGCGUACAGAGUAUUCCCUUUUUAUGUCCGGUGUGCAUGUUAAUCAGCGCAACGCAAAGUUGUACAACAACGUGGGACACGCUUUGGAGAACGAGGGAAAGUUUGAAGAGGCGCUGCUAUACUUUCAGCAGGCAGUGCGCAUUCAGACCGACGACAUCGGAGCCCACAUCAAUGUGGGUCGCACGCUCAACAAUCUCAAGCGGUAUGCGGAGGCUGAGCAGGCUUAUGUUCAGGCAAAGGCUCUGUUUCCACAGGCGAAGCCGGGAGUCAGCUAUCAUGCGCGCAUAGCGCCCAAUCACUUAAAUGUGUUCAUCAAUCUGGCGAAUCUCAUAGCAAAGAACCAAACGCGUCUGGAGGAGGCUGACCAUCUUUAUCGCCAGGCAAUCAGCAUGAGGAGUGACUACGUUCAAGCUUACAUUAACCGCGGCGACAUUCUUAUGAAGCUGAAUCGCACAGCUCAAGCUCAGGAGGUUUACGAACAGGCUUUGUUGUAUGACAACGAAAACGCAGAUAUCUACUAUAACUUGGGUGUGGUCUUCCUGGAGCAGGGAAAAAGCCAGCAGGCACAGGUGUACUUUAACAAGGCGAUCGAAUUGUAUCCGGAACACGAACAGGCACUGCUCAACUCGGCCAUUCUACUGCAGGAGCUGGGUGGCGAGGAGGCCCGCAGGGUGUCCAGAGCCCGACUUUACAAAGUUCUCGCAAAGGAUGAUCAAAACGAGAAGGUGUACUUCAACCUGGGCAUGCUGGCCAUGGAUGAGUCGAGCUUCGAUGAGGCUGAACAGUUCUUCAAAAGGGCCAUUCACCUAAAGUCCGACUUUCGAAGUGCCCUAUUCAACUUGGCUUUGCUGCUGGCCGAUACAAAGCGGCCACUGGAUGCGGUGCCCUUUCUGAAUCAAUUGAUCCGACAUCACGCCUCACACGUUAAGGGUUUGAUCUUGUUGGGCGACAUCUACAUCAACCACAUGAAGGAUUUGGACGCGGCAGAGAAGUGCUACCGUAGCAUACUUCACUACGAUCCCCACAACACUCAAGGUCUGCACAAUUUGUGCGUAGUGUUCGUGGAGCGGAAGCGACUUGCAAAGGCCGCGGCCUGUUUGCAAUACGCCCAGCGAUUGGCACCCACCGAAGACUACAUCGGUAGGCACUUGCAGAUAGUCCAUGCACGGCUGCAGAAAAUCAACAAGUUACCUGAGACUGCGCCAGAGCGAAAGCUCGCGUACGAGGACUAUGAUCCCCUCGAGUUUAAACUGCCACAGGAUCGACCUUUGCAUAAGCCGCGCAAGCGAUCGUAGCAAAAGUUAGCUUAAAUCGAAUAUCUGAUAGAAGCAUGUAUAAAGACAUUAGUUGAGUUAAGGAACGAAAGGUUCCACGUUCUGUGAACUAUACAGAGUCUGAUAAAAAUAACACAAAGUGAAAUAGUGGAGCAUUCCACACAAUU